AUGGUUGCUGUUCCGUCGAUGCUGCUCGCGUCCGUGGGGCUGACCCUGGUCUUUGCCGGUCCCCAAAGCAAGGUAACAAACAACAUCGACUACCCAGGUCAUGACAUCGGGUCAACGUCCCAAUCGGACCCGUCCAAGUGCAGCGUCGAUUGCGCCAACAACGCCAAUUGCCGCGUGUGGGUGUGGACGAGUUACCAAGGCGGUACUUGCUGGCUCAAGAGAGAGCAAGGCAAUGCUGCUCAGCUGGAAGGGGCAGUCGCAGGUGUGUUGGAAGGCCCGCAAUUGCCUACCAACUACGGCGCCAUGGAGGAUGGCACGGACUACGAAGGGAACGAUUUGGGUUCUACGUCGCGAAAGUUUGCAGAGGACUGCGCCGAGGACUGCAACAAGCGAGAUGGCACGCCAAAGGUGCAAAGCACAGCGUUCCUGGCGCGCGCGCCUCAGCGCGGCGAAACCUCGGUGUGUUCCGUUCGGUAA